AUGAGAAAUGGUACGCUUUUGGUUAUUCAACGAACGCCAGACUAUGCAAGAUAUGGACUAGGCCAAGAUCUUUGCUUCAAUGAUAUGGCCAUUAGUGCUCCGCACCGUAGCGUAAUUUACGGAUACGCCUGCAGCGUAUACGCUUACGCACCGUAUCCGUAUACGCCGUAUACGCCGUAUACGGAAGUAGCGUAUCGUAUAUGGGUCCUGCUGACCCAGUUUACGCCCGUAAUUAUACGCGCGUAUGCGUAUACGUGGGAAAUUUUACGCGCGUAA